CAGUGUCAACAUACUUUUCCGGUUAGAUUUAACUCUGUUGAAAAACACACAUCACCACAUAGUGUUCCCACAAAUGUACAUUUGAAAGGGAACGUGUCGUCUUGGUGUGGUGUUAUGAACCAGUAUGAGGUGGUCCAUCAGAUUGGAGAGGGGGCAUUUGGGAAGGCCUUCUUGGCCCUGGACAGGGACAGAGACUGGGGUGGUGAGAGCCAGUGCGUGGUCAAAGAGAUCAACCUCAGAAAGAUGUCACCUAUGGAAAAGGAAGCAUCCAAAAAGGAAGUAAUUCUGCUUGCAAAGAUGAAGCAUCCAAAUAUCGUCACCUUUUUCAAAUCAUUUCAGGAGAGCACUAAACUUUACAUAGUGAUGGAGUACUGUGAUGGAGGAGAUCUGAUGAAGAAGAUCAGUAUGCAAAGAGGGGUUAUGUUUACUGAGGAGCAGAUAGUGGAUUGGUUUGUACAGAUCUGUUUGGGACUGAAGCACAUCCAUGACAGGAAGGUUUUGCACAGAGACAUCAAAGCACAGAAUAUAUUCCUUACCAAGAAGGGGAUGAAAGCCAAGCUGGGAGACUUUGGCAUUGCAAGAAUGUUAAACAAUACCAUGGAGCUUGCCAGGACCUGUGUUGGGACGCCAUAUUACCUGUCUCCUGAGAUCUGUGACAACAGACCGUACAAUAACAAAACGGAUAUAUGGUCUCUGGGCUGUGUCCUGUAUGAGCUCUGCACCCUCAGACAUCCAUUUGAGGGCAACAGCCUGAGGCAGCUGGUAGUGAAGAUCUGUAGGGGGCGCUAUAACCCAGUCUCCACCCGCUACUCCUACGACCUGCGCCUGCUGGUCACUCAGCUGUUCAAGGUCAGCCCGCGAGACCGGCCCUCCGUCAACUCUGUCCUCAAACGGCCCUUCCUGGAGAAACACAUCAGCAAACACCUGGACCCCCAGGUCAUUGAGGAGGAAUUCAGCCACACAGUGCUGCACAGAAAGAGAGCUGCAGGCCCACUGCCUAGAGUGCGGGCCGCACCAGUACAGAUCACCGAAAUAGUCCCCAAAGCCAGAGUCUCAGAGAGGCCUCCUCCUCGGUCGAAGCCUGGGCCCUCGGUGAAGAAACCGCCCCCCAAACCAGAUUGGAAACCCCCUACCAGAGUCAUGCCACAGCACAAACCGUUUCAUCCACGAGCAGCACAGAUUAGGGUUCCAGUGGCCAGACAAUACGGUCAACAGAACCCCYGGUGGGACGGUCAGGCUGAAGUCAACCCUUACGACCACCACUAUGCCCAGCUGGACGCCAUCCAGAGGAGAUACUCUCCUCUACCUCCUCGUCCUCCUCUUCCCUUCUGUCAUCCUCCGGUGGUUCAGGAGAGACCUGUGGAGCGCUAUGAUGACAGAGAGAAUCACCCAGAACCUUAUCAAUUGGUGGCUGCUGCUCAUGAUGAAUACCGCCAGAGGAGACAGGAGGCCAACCAGUACAAGCUGAGGGCAGAGAAACAGCUGGGCCUGCGGCCCUCCACAGCAGACACUGAGCGUUACAGACAGCCUGAGCAGGACCAGGGGGCAGGGCGACCUGCACAUCCACCCACACCUCACGACAGGAGGCAGGAUGGGCAGCAGGAGUAUCUACGGAAGUUGCAGCACAUCAGACAGCAAUAUUAUAAUGAGAUGAGAGAUAUCAGAAUGAGAGCUGAUGCUGAGCCCCAGCCACAAGUGAAACCAGGCACAUACCUGGUAGAGAAGCCUAGACACAUAGAGCCACCAACACAUAGUGGAGACCAGGACAGAGACAGACCCCAACCUGACCAGGACAUUGAAGGGGCCCUGAGACAGAUCAGGCAGGAGAACAGACUGGAGAGGAGAGAGCUACAGAAGAAGCACAAAGACAAGAAAGCUAUCAUGUUUGAGAUCAAGUUAAAUGACGAAAGGAUUCAAGAGGAUGAAGACAAAGAAAAAGAGGAGAAGAGGGAUGAGGAGAGAAUAGAGGAGGACAAAAAGGAAGACGAGAAAGAGGUGGACCCACUGAACCAGACCCUGAGCUUCCAGGCAGGGGAGGACCUGAGGCACAGGGAUUGGUCCGGGGCAGGAUUGGGGGCAGGGCAGGAUGAAGGCACCCCCAGGUCUGAGGUGAGGAAGGGGUGGGGCCAGGCAGCACCACAGACCCUACUGGAUGCCCUGGCUGAGAUGGACGUGUCAUCAGUGUGUACCACCAUGGCUGUGCCUGAACUGGGUGACGCUGCAGAUCUCAAGGGGAAGGCAAUAGGGGAGAGGAGACAGUGGGGAGAGGGUCCCCCCAACACCCUGCUCCAUGCUUUGGGCCAGGCUGAGCUAACCUCCACCCUGGACUCCGUAAUGCCAGAACCAUUGACUGAGAAAGACCGCGCCAAGGAGCAGGAGAAAGAGGGAGCCGAAACAAAGGAAAAAGCAGAGGAGAAUAAAGACUCAGAUGUGGAGAUGGACGAGGAGCGUCUAGAGCCCAGGUCGGAUGAUGACGACACGAACUUUGAGGAGUCUGAAGAUGAGCUGAGAGAGGAGGUGGCAGAGUCAAUGAUGAACCUUUUUAUAAUGGAGGAUGGAGAGAGUGUGAAAGAGGAGGGAGAGAAGGUUGUAACAGAUGGAGUAGUGGGGGAAAUAGAGUUAGUCAGGAAACUAGAUCUCCAGCAAAUACACCCUGUGAUAGAGCCCACUGGUUACACCUCCAUAGAGGGUAAACCCUCUCAGACUCAAGCUGUAGGGUGUGAGACUCGGGCAGAGCAACCAAGGGAUACCCAGGUUUCAGACGAGGACUGUGAGGCCAAUAAGAAGCAACAGCCAGAAAAUUAGUUUUCAUAUUAUUUAGAUUUAAGUGAAACGAUGACAAGGACCUUGUUAUUGGAUUCCUUUCUACAAAAAACAGCAAGUUUGAGUAAGCUGUCUUUAUAAUUUUCAGCAAAAUAACUUGCAUAUUUUUUUCUUGGCUAUAGACGUCACAGGAGGUCGGUGGCACCUUAAUUGGGGAGGAUGUCCUCAUGGUAGUGGCUUGAGUAGAUUGGUAUCAAAUACAUGGUUUUGCUCCGCUGCAGCCUUUAUUAUGAGCCGUCCUCACCUCAGCAGCCUUCACUGCAAACCUGUGGCAAGAAUAGGUAACACUUGGCCCAAACUUGAACCUAGUAGACAUCUUACAUUUUUCUAAACUGCAGGUUAAAGUUUGGUGCUACCUAGUCUUGCCAUAGGUUAGCAGUAUAACAUAAGCAGGCAGACAAGUAUUUGGGUGUUGAAAAUGUUUCAGUAUUGUGGUUACAUGGCGCAACUUCUAAAGACUAAAUCCAAAUAAAAUACAACAAGGUAGAAUUUUUUUUAUUCAGACAUGAACAAUACAUGUACUUUUCCAAAAGCAAGCAUUGUUUGUAAAUUUUCUGCACAUUAAAUCAGUAACAUUUGAGCCAUGGUCCCUUACAGAGAAGGCGGAGAAAAAAAUAAAAAUAGCACAAUGAUAUUUGGUCAUUCUUCGCAGGUGAAACCAGUACAGAAACCUCUAUUCAGGAUCAAAUGCUUUUUGAGUGUAAAUGUAUAAAUAGAAUGUCCACCACGUCACUUCACUGUAACUCUAUCAAGACAGAGCAGGUAAGAUAAGCAUUCUUAUU